UCACCGAGCGGUAUCGCGGUAUGCGGAAGAUGACCAUGUUCCAGCGAAAGAAGAAGUGUCCCAAGCUGAAGGGGCGAGCUGGUCAGAUUUCCGCAUUCGGCGAGCCACUGCUGGCACUCUGGCAGGAGCACAUGAAGCCUGAUAUUGAGGUGCACUGCAAGAUCAGGACUUACCUGCGGCUCAACAAUGCCAUGGAGAAGAUCAUGAAGGAGUGCCGAGCAGAGACUGCUUUCCCGGAGCCCUAUGCCACCAACUUCAUAAAGUACAGUUUCGCUAUGUGCAAUCUUCACUUGGAGUUGGGGAAGCACUUCGAGGAAGAAGGCCUUAAGCUUUUCGCCCCUCUGCCGAAACUUCACAUGGUCUUGCACACCGCCCUGCUCUGCCGGCAGCUGAACCUGGGGCUCACCUGGUUUUCAGAGGAGAAGAUGCGAAAAAGACCAGCUGUGACGGUCAAGAUGGUUAGCAAGCUCCGGGCGGCUUGGCCGACCCAUGCCCUCUUCAGCGUCGCAAAACACGUCGGCUGCCCGACCGCAGACCUCGCGGACGUACAAGGGCGCGUGGGCCCGCAGCGGCUCCUCGUGCUCGGCUCCGAGAUCGGCGGGCGCUGGAACGAAGCAGCGCAGCGGCUCGUCAGAGACUUGGUGCGCGUUCGAGCCCAACGGGCCCCGCCGAGGGCUACAGCAGUAGAAGAAGCAGCGGGCCCGGGACAUGUUGUAAAUGUCGUGAUGUUUGCGCCGUACGGGGGGGGCCCCGCGCCCUUCCCACAUGGAGCAUCCUUUCCGUCUUCUGGGCCAUCCGGAUCAUCCGGGAGUGGGCGACCACCAGCACUAGGCACUGUGCUCACCGGCACCGUCAAGAGCUACAGCGCCAAAGGCUUCGGAUUCAUUUUGUGUCCAGACGUGGACCACGACGUGUACUUUGCGCGAGAAAGUCUGCAAGACGGUUUGAGGACGGCCAACAUCGCCGGGACUGUUGUGCAAUUUGUGCUUCAAAGGGGCCUGCAUGGGAAGCCGCAGGCCACGUGCUUGCGCCCACUCGAUGGGCAGAUAGCACCAAUGGCCUACAACCGAGGUUAUACUCCGGAGCCGGGCCAGGGCUGGAACAAAGGAGGUUCCAGCUUCGCUGGCAAAGGGGCCCCGGCUUUCGGAGGGGUGCCCACACCAGCCUUUGCGCAACAGUUUACACCACAGCCUCAAGUUCCUGCUAGAGGAUCCUGGCCAAACGCGGGGGUUGCCGGGGUUGCUUCCUUGGGCUGCAUGGGGACUGGUCCCCACCUGGCCAGCCACGCUGGCGUGGCCCACGCUCACGCUGGCGUUCCCGGCGUCGCCGGCGUGGGCGUCGCCGGCGGCAGUGUCCCAGGCCUGCCAGGCCUCAGUGUCUCCUUCGGCGCGCCGAGACCGCCGGUGGCGCCGAAGCGCUUGUCCCCGCACGCAGGCUCGAGGGCCAUGGCCGGAUUGCCCGCAAAGGCUGCGGAACAGCCGAGUGGUUCACCAAGCGGCAAAAGUUCCUCAGCAAGUUCAGAGCCUGAAAGCAGCGACAGCUCUUCUAGUGAAAAGAAGCGACGAAAAAAGAAAGACAAAAAGAAGAAAGGGAAGAAAGAGAGGAGUCGCUCCAGAAAGAGAAAGUCGAAGAGCUCCAGGAAGAGUAGGCUGUGUGUGUCUUCAAGCAGUGGCAAGGAGCAGAAAGAGGAGCCGAGCUCAGAAGUGCAGCAAGCAAUCGAAAGUGCCAAAAGAGAGGUGUUGCAGCAGCUGGAGAACCUGAAGAAGGUCGAGCCCAAAGAGCAGCGCAUGAAGGAGUGGAGAUCGCUGUUGCGAUCCUGGCAUCCUGACAAGAACCCCGAGAAAGCGGAAGUAGCCACGCAGGUCUUCCAGUUCUUGCAAAAGGGAAAGCUCCUUCUCGGCCUUUGA